AUGAACCACUACCAGCUGGAAGAAGAUUCCGUGACUCGGGCGAAGAAGUUUAAGAGGUUUGCUCCAAGGAAAGGAGACAGAAUAUACAAAGAAUUUAAAAAAUUCCAUUUUUAUUCUGAUGCUUACAGACCUUUGAAAUUCGCGUGCGAAGCUAUUAUAGAGGAGCAUGAAGACGAGAUAUUCUCACUUAUCGCCCAGGAGGCACACGACCUCGCUGACAAGCUGUGCAGUGAGAAAGCAGGACAGGAGACCCUGGAGCAGCGCGGAGCCCGCCCGGCAGACGUCCCUGGCGUGGUGCCCAAGCCACAGGGUGAGCCGCCCAGUCGUCGGGGCCCUCGGGAGCCCUCCACGGCUCCACACCGGCCCGCCUCCGGCGGGGGGCCCCCCUCCAACACGGUGAAGGAGGCCCCCGAGAUGGACUGGUUGGACAGGACAGUCCCCGCGGUCCCGCGGGUGCUGACGUGA